CUCUCUUUCUCUCUCUCUGUCUCUCUCUCACGUUCUUCGUCUCCCUGACGGAAGGUAUUUUUCUUCUCCGUCCUCUCUCUCUCUCUUUCGCUCUCCAUUCCUUUCUAGGGUUUCUAUAAAGGCUCUUUACUUCUCCUUUGAUCGAAAUCUACGGAAAUUGCUUUGAUUUUCACGCGAUUUCAGAACUCCCAGACGCGUGUAUCGAUCUCAAACUCGUAAAAACUGUGGAUUUUGAAGGAGCUGAUAUAUUUAAUUACAUGCAUUUUACAUCCGGUAGUAUUAACUCAAGGGGAUUAGAUUGGAUUGAUGAUUGCCUUUUGAUUUCUUGGCAGUAGAAAGGUGCACCCAACUAAUUAGCUUGCUCCUUCAAUAUGGAUUGGAAGAAGCUUGUCCAUGUAUGCUCCAGAGACUACCAUAGAAGCGUACAACCUUUGAAGUGCUCAACAAUUGUGCUCCAAUCUUCCCAUGUCUCCCGCAAAAAGCGCCAUUCAUCCAUAAGGAUGAAAUACAAAUCUUCCUACUCGCAUUCUCUGUUGUGUGGAAAAGUAUUCUUGUCCCCAUCAUGUGGAAACAUCGACGCUUAUGAAGAUCAGGCACAGUUGACACUUUUUGGACCGAAACCUAUCAUCACACCAAAUUAUUGAGCGGACAUGGCACAGAGAAACAUACUGUGCACGAGUCAAAUGCAUGAUUUGGAAAUAGAGCAGGGGCAGAGUCACCUUCAGCCUGAGCCUUGCAUUCUUUUAGGCAACAUGGUUAAUUUCCCGAACCCCAACAUCCACCCAGUGUUGUCUGCUCCUGGGAACGCUACUAAUCUUGAUCACCGCCAUCUGCCGAUGGACCAUCAAGACAGCAGUAUGUUCUAUGGAAACCAGUAUAAUGGUCUUCAGCAUCGUCAUCCUGUCAUAAACAUUGAUUUAAACAGCGUUGCUCCCUCCAACUUCACCUACAACCCGUACAUGGUACCUUCAUCCACCAGCAGAAUUGGCCCUAUGCCUCUGAAUCAUGGUUCUUCUGAUCACAUACCAUCUUCAAGCAAUCAUGGACUUGCUGGAGUUAGUUUAGAUGAGUAUGGAAGGAACACCCAAUUCAUGGAUAACCUUAGAGGGUCAUGCAAAAGGAAGACCGCUGAAGGGGUUCCAGGGAACUUCCCUGUCAGUGGCUCAGCAAGUUCAAGUUCAUCUUCUUCAGGGGUCCCACUGAAUUCAGGACCUCAGCAGUGGGAGGAACCGUUUGAAACCGGUGUUGGCGUGUUGGAGCCCACAGGUUUUACCACAUCUGACUACAGAGGAAGUGGAGUUCUCUCAAUUAAUGAAGGAUCUCAAAGAAGCGUGAGGAGUAGAUCAAGUGCCAUCAACCUUCAGAUGGACUCUUCUUUGGCACAUCAGAACCAAUUACUUCAAGGGAAUUAUAUGGGCAGAUCCUUUCAGGCAGCUGGCAAUGCAUGGGUGGAACAAUUUGGGAGUAAUGGUGGCGAUGGGAGCAGUUCCGGAUGGAGUUAUGCACCUUCAAUGGCUUAUUUGCACGGUAGUUUCUUGAUUUCUUCAGGAAAGCCACUCUACAUUGUAAAUGAAAAAACAUUUGUUUCCUUACCACAACAACCAGUUUUACAAAAGAAAUGCCCGCCAAGUUUCUUAACUGGGAGAAGCAUCAAUGGAGGUCCCUUAGAGAUCGGGAGUAUGAGUGGACAGGGAUAUCAGGACACCAUAUCCGGCAGGAAUUCUGGGAUUCUCUUGCAUCCUUCUUCCAUGCACCAUCCCCAUCCUCCUCCUCUGCCCGUGCAAGGCAUGCAGGGAAGUCAUAGUUAUGGCUAUCAUCCACAAGUUCCUACACCUUCCUACAGGCACCCGACAACCACCAACUUGCAUCAUGGCACUCUGAAUCCUUCUCGGGAUGUUUUAGAGUCAGGGUCCAGGUAUCCAAGGCCUUUUUCGUCCAGUGGUGACCGGAUGUUUAGGCCUCACCGAAGAGGACCACAGGGAGCUCCAGAUGGCAUCAAUGGACGCAUGAGAUAUCUAUCAGAGGAUGUAGCAAUACUGGAGUUCUCAGGCUUCUAUGGUGUUGGGAAUCUCAUUGACCAACACAGAGAUAUGCGGCUGGAUAUAGAUGACAUGUCUUAUGAGGAACUAUUGGCCUUGGAGGAACGGAUUGGAGACGUAAACACUGGUUUAUCCGAGGAAUCCAUCCGGAAGUGUCUAAAGACGAAGAUACAUGUUUCUUGCAUAGCUUCUUCCCCUCCAGACCAGUCGGCAAGCAUGAUGCAAGACAACGGCACCUGCAUUAUAUGCCAGGUCGAGUAUGAGGAGAAUGAGACAAUUGGAAUCCUUGAUUGUGGUCACAAUUACCAUGCUGACUGCAUAAAGCAAUGGCUAUUGUUGAAGAACAUCUGCCCCAUCUGUAAAGUGUCAGCUUUGUCCUCGGAUGGUAAAGAAGGAUGAGAGGACGAUGCCCGUCAUUUUACUAAUCAAUUCGUUUGAUUUCAGUGUACAUAGAGAUUUAUAGACAAGCCUCUCAUUUAUUUGACCUUCAGAAAUCUGAGGGUGAACUCAAGUUUGUUUAAGUUGUAUAGAAUAGUGCCAUUGGGUGGGAGGCUCAUGAUUGUUAUAAACUUCUGAAAUGAAUAAUGAUAGUGAUGUUCUCCAUCCUUCAUCAUAUUUGAUGGUUGGGAGUUCAGUUCCAAUA